AUGGCGCCCAAGCUCAAGAUUGCCGCUAUCCAGGCCGAGCCUGCGUGGAACGACCUCGAAGAGGCGGCCCAACAGGGUGCCAAUGUCAUUGGCUUCCCCGAAGUCUUCAUUCCCGGUUACCCUUGGAGCAUCUGGGCUCAGUCUCCCACGGACAAUGCUGCGUUCAUGGAUGAGUACUUGCACAACUCUCUCGUCAAGGACUCGGACGAGAUGAGGCGCAUCUGUGCUGCGGUCAAAGAAGCCGGCGCAUUCGUCGUGCUCGGAUACAGCGAGCGCUUCAAGAGCACGCUUUACAUUGCCCAGUCCUUCAUCGAUGAGAACGGCGUCAUCGUUCACCACCGCCGCAAGAUUAAGCCCACUCACGUCGAGCGUGCCUACUGGGGCGAUGGGCAAGGCGAGUCGCUUCAAACAGUCGCGCCCAGCACUGCCUUCCCCGACGUCAACAUUGGUGGCCUCAACUGCUGGGAGCACACCCAGACUCUCUUGCGGUACUACGAGUAUGAGCAGAAUGUCGAUCUGCACGUGUCCAGCUGGCCACCGAUUUGGCCGCAGCCCCUUCUGCCGAACGGCGAGCAGAGUCCCGACUGGCCGGCUCACAUCACGGACGAGAUGUGUCUGCGGUUCUCACAGAUUGUCGCCCUCGAGGGCACCUGCUUCGUCAUGGUGAGCACGCAGAUUGUCCGUGAGGAAUCAAAGAAGCGCUGCCGGAUCGACAAGUUCGACUACGCCAGCGCCGUCCAGCAGGGCGACGGCGGCGGCUUCGGCAUGAUCUACUCACCUUGGGGCCAGGAGCUUGCGAAGCGUCUGCCGCCUGGCGAGGAGGGCAUCCUGUACGCCGAUGUUGAUCUCGCGGAAAAGACCAAGGCGAAGCAGAACCUGGAUAUCGUGGGGCACUACUGCCGGCCUGAUCAGUCGAGCCUCCGUGUCAACAGGUACCCCGCCAGGCCCGUUCACUACGCGGCUGACCCUUGA